GUUGCAGCACAUAGAAGCCACCAUCGCGGAGGAGGCCGCCAGUCGAGAGGAGCUCGGCCGACGCCUCGGCCGAGAUCUGGUCCAGUCACAGGCGAGACUGCAGGAGGAGAAGGUGCUCCGGGAGGAGUCUUUGGCCAAGUUGGAGCAAGCCGUCUCCGUGCAGGUGACAUCCCUGGAGAACACCCUCUACCGCGACUUCAAGGCUCAAGAGGAGGCUUUGAUGCAGGCCACAGCUCCGCUGCAGAAGAGUCUGCAGGCGGAGAAGGUCGCGAGAGAGGAAGAAGCUCGGAGCGUGGCCGGGAAGUUUCAGAGCAUCGUGGCGGAGCAGCAAAUGGAGAGAGAGGAGCGCUCCAGGCUGCUGCGGGAUGUCAACGUGUCCCUGGCCAAGCUUCAGCGGAUGCAGGCCGAGGAGGAGGACACCCGCAACCAGGAGCAUGAGCGCUUGGGUGGGGCGUUGGAAUCCUUGCAGGAGGUGGUCCGAGGUCUCAGGCAAUCGGGCGAGGAGACGCGGCAGCGGAGCCAGGAGGUCGCGGAUCACCUGCGAUCUUU